AUGCUUGGGCUAGCAUCAAAGCCUAACCAUGCACUCAGCGUUGGCCGAACGGUACCAAGAGACGUGGCGACGCACAGAGACCGACUGGUUGCUGGCUGGCUGUAUCGGCUUGGCCGCAGACAAGCUCGGGGACACUUCGGCGGACAGGUCUGUGUACCAAAAGUGCAGAUGCAGGUGGACGGCCAGUCAGGCCAGGCGUCCAGACUGUUUGACUUUCUCUAUUUGGGUGUUGACCGGAAGAAGGUGAUGAAGGAGGCAGAGGCGGGGGGAAUGGACUCAAAAAAUCUCUGCUGGGUGGAGGACGAGAAGGAGGGAUAUAUUCUUGCCGACAUAGCCGAAACUACUGGUGACAUGGUGACGGUGAAAAAGAAGGAUGGUGUGGAGAAAAAGGUCCGAAAAGACGAUAUUCAACAGCUUAAUCCUCCAAAGUUCUUCUUGAUCGAGGAUAUGGCCAACCUGACCUUCUUGAAUGACGCUUCCGUCCUGGAGAACCUGCGAGCCCGCUAUUACAGGAAUCUGAUUUAUGUAAGUUAUUUAACAUCAUUACUCAUCAUUUAA